GGCCGGGGCCGAGGUGCCAGGAAGAUAUGGAAUAUUAUCUUGUAAAAUGGAAAGGAUGGCCAGAUUCUACAAAUACUUGGGAACCUUUGCAAAAUCUCAAGUGCCCAUUACUACUUCAGCAGUUCUCUAAUGACAAGCAUAAUUAUUUAUCUCAGGUAAAGAAAGGCAAAGCAAUAACUUUCAAAGAAAAUCACAGAGCCUUGAAACCUGCUGUUGCUGAAUACAUUGUGAAGAAGGCUAAGCAAAGGAUAGCCCUGCAGAGGUGGCAGGAUGAACUCAACAGAAGGAAGACUCACAAAGGAAUGAUUUUUGUCGAAAAUACUGUGGACUUAGAGGGGCCCCCUUCAGACUUCUACUACAUUAAUGAAUACAAACCAGCUCCUGGAAUCAGCUUAGUAAAUGAAGCUACCAUUGGUUGUUCAUGCAGAGAUUGCUUCUUUGAAAAAUGUUGUCCUGCUGAAGCUGGAGUUCUUUUGGCUUAUAAUAAAAAUCAACAAAUUAAAAUCCCACCUGGCACCCCCAUUUACGAGUGCAACUCGAGGUGUCAGUGUGGGCCCGAUUGUCCCAACAGGAUCGUACAGAAGGGCACACAGUAUUCCCUUUGCAUCUUUCAAAUGAGCAAUGGCUGUGGCUGGGGCGUAAAAACCCUUGUGAAGAUUAAAAGAAUGAGUUUUGUCGUGGAAUAUGUUGGAGAGGUAAUCACCAGUGAGGAAGCUGAGAGACGUGGGCAGUUGUAUGACAACAAAGGAAUCACAUAUCUCUUUGAUCUGGACUAUGAAUCUGAUGAAUUCACAGUGGAUGCAGCUCGAUACGGAAAUGUGUCUCAUUUUGUGAAUCACAGUUGUGACCCAAACCUUCAGGUGUUCAAUGUUUUCAUUGAUAACCUCGAUACCCGUCUUCCCCGAAUAGCAUUAUUUUCAACGAGAACUAUCAAUGCUGGAGAAGAGCUCACUUUUGAUUAUCAAAUGAAAGGUUCUGGAGAUGUAUCUUCAGAUUCUAUUGACCACAGCCCAGCCAAAAAGAGAGCCAGAACUGUGUGCAAAUGUGGAGCUGUGACUUGCAGAGGUUACCUCAACUGAAUUUUCAGGAACUAGAACUUAUGAUGAUUACAGUGUUUUUUCUAAUGUUAACAUUUUAAAAGUAUUUCAGACUUUUUUCAUAUUAUCAAGAUUAUACACUACAAUGAUUUACAAUUCAUCUUUCAGACUGUUGGCCAAAUGCAUUACUGAUACUUUUGAAGAGAGGCACAUAGGGUCACAUACACUAAUUCUAAAUAUACAUAUUCAGUGGUUAGAUACCAAACAUGAAAGGAAAACUAUUUGCAAAUCAACAGAUAUAUACUUAAGAGGAAGUCUAUGUGAAUACAGA